UCGCCGAACCUCCUGUGGGAAAAACUAACGGCCGAAUGCUUGAACAACCACGCCGGCGGGGGAGGCAGAUCAAGACGGUUUUCGUCGGCCUCUUCUACUCGGCCAUCGUGCCCACGGGGCUCAUCGUGACGGCCGUGGCCAUGAUGAUGCUCUACUGGGUCGACAAGUACUCCCUGCUCAGGCUGUGGAGGAGACCGCCGGCUUACGAUGCGCGGUUAUCGAGCUACAGCCGCAAGUACGUUGUCCUGUGCAUCUGGCUGCACCUCGUCAUGGCGAGGAUUUUCUUCGCAAAGUGGCCUAGCAAGGUAGAGGAGGGUCUGCCGGACUGCGGCCCGUUCUUCUGCGACGAAGGCGACGCCGACUUCACCGCCGACCAGAGCGAGAUCGUCGCCAUUUACGAGAUUCUCGGAAUCCUGGUGUUUGCCGUGGGGGGUGGCUUGGUUGCGCUGCUCUACAUCCGGCACUACGCCACCAAGCUCGUGGUGACGAAGCACGAGGCGGUAGGUGCAGCGUCCAACAUUGGGUACCGCUCCGUGAGCGGGAUCGACGCGUACAUACCCCUGAUCCACGUGAGGGAGCUCACGGACCCCCUUAUUGGCAUGGACGUGAACGACCUGCCCAGCAACGCGCACCCGUUCCUUCCGCUACGAAUAGGAGGAUUUUACAGCGCGGAGGAGCUGAGCAUGAGCAGCGACAAAGACUUCCCCGACAUUCCGAAGCGAGAACGAGAUGAGCUGUUCAGCAAGGUCCGGUACUACCCCGGGCCGAGGGAAAAAAUUCAACAGGCGACCAAGAAUGCAGGCAUCCUCUACACGGCCACAAGCGUCGACCAGACACCGGCGGGGGCCGGCGACAUCGACGGACGCUUCGGCCUGGCAAGACAAGGGUCGUCGGCCGGCGGCGCGUUCAUUCUACCCGCCGGCCCCGUGGAGGAGUCGCGGGCGCCUCAGCGCUCUCGCCGCAACGACUCGCGGGUGACGGAGGCGGCGCAGAAUCCGCUGCCGUCCGGGUGGGAGGAGCGCGCCACGGCCAACGGGCGGCCGUACUACGUGUGCCACCACACAAGGACAACGCAGUGGGAACGACCAACCACCGCCGUGCCGACAUCUUCCCGGGGCUUCCAAGGCAUGCCCACCAAUGGGGGAGCCAUUCCGGACAUACAUGGCGCCGUCAGGGACCUACCGCCGGGCUGGGAGGUCAAGUACUCCCCGGAUGGCCGACCCUACUACGUGGAUCACAACCACCAAGUCACGACGUGGGAGCACCCGAUCCCCUCGGGGAGACCGGGGGUGCAGCAAGGCUCGGCGGCCGCGGCGGGGGGAGCAAAUCCGAUUGAUCAAACAGAAGGAGGCUCCACGUUCCUGGAGCAGUACACCGCUGCCGGCCUACGGUUCUUCGUCAACCCCAAGACGAACGCCGCCAGGUGGUCCCCUCCCAAGUCACGCCGCCGUCGCGACAGCCGUACGUCCAGCGACGCCGCUGCCGCCAGAAGCGCAGGCGCCGGUGCCGGUGACGGCUUGGACGAGAGCCUUUCGAGCACGUCCAGGGGCGGGGGCAGGGCCGCGGGCCUCCCGCGGGGCUGGGAGAAGAGGACCACCCCUGCGGGGCGCGAGUACUUCGUCAACCACGACCUCAGGAUCACGCAGUGGGCCCCGCCUGAGGGGGCGGCUGGUGAGCAGAAGGUACCGUACCCUGGUGGUAGUGCUGCUACUCACCGAGCGGCGUCGCCAACCGCACCGUUUGUCCCGCCCACCGCGGCGGCGGCGGGCUUGGGUGGGUUUGUGCCGCUGCAACCGCCUCCGGCCCCGGUCUUUGCCGGCGGAGCGGCGGCGGCGGCGGGGGUUGGCGAGGGUGGCCUGCCGGGGUACAUCGAGGUCCGGACGCACGCGGACGGGCGGACGUACUACGUCAACCACCGCACGAAAGUGACGUCGUGGGUGCCUCCGCCGAGAGAAGACUGGUAG